AUGUCCUUCGCACCUCCUCCCCAGCCGACGACUGAACUUGGUCGCUAUAGGUUACUGUCCCCUUCCGCCGGUGUGCGAGUGUCUCCGAUAUGCCUUGGCACAAUGUCAAUCGGAAAAGCCUGGACUGAGUCCAUGGCAGGAGCUGUCAGUGAGGAAGAGGCACACAAGUACCUUGACAAGUUCUUUGAGAAUGGCGGAAACUUCAUUGACACAGCUAACAAUUAUCAAGACGGCGAGAGCGAGCGAUUCAUUGGAUCUUGGAUGGCCAAACGACGCAACCGAGACCAGCUAGUGAUUGCAACGAAGUUCAGCAUUGGUCACAGGAACAUGGAUGCGAACGUCCAGAUCAGGGUCAACUAUCAAGGGAAUCAUCGAAAGAGUCUUGUUCUUUCAGUGCAAGACAGCCUCAAUAAGCUUCAAACUAGCUACGUUGACAUCCUAUACCUUCAUUUUUGGGACUACUCCGCAUCCAUACCCGAGAUUAUGCAAGCUCUUGACUCCCUUGUCAAGACGAACAAAGUUUUGUACAUUGGAGUCUCCGAUACGCCAGCUUGGCUUGUUGUCAAGGCCAACGACUAUGCCAGGGAGCAUGGCAUGGCGCAAUUUGUUGUGUAUCAGGGUGCCUGGAGUCUGGCCAACCGCGACAUCGAGCGGGAGAUUGUUCCUAUGUGUCGUGCAGAAGGCAUGGCCAUCGCACCAUGGGGCGUUCUUGGCCAGGGAAAAUUCAAGACAGAGGCCGAGAUCAAGAAUCGGAACGCGGUGCGGUAUGGCAUGCCGCAGACCGAAGAAGAGAAGAAGGUCAGCGCCGCACUGGAGAAGAUUGCCGCUGAAGUCGGUUCCGGGGCGACUCUGGGUGCUAUCGCUGUAGCUUGGCUCAUGGCAAAGUCUCCGUACAUAUUUCCGGUAAUUGGGGGGCGAAGCACUCAGCAACUUGACGAAGUUAUCAAGGGGUUAGAGAUUGUUCUCACAUCUGAACAAGUGAAGGAGCUCGAAGCCGCAGUACCCUUUGCGCUGGGUUUCCCUUACAAUUACUUUGGAACUGAUCCCGCUCAUGGAGAUGGCAAGCCACACUACUUUGUGACUGCUGCGGGCCACACGAAGUAUGUUCGGUCGUCGGUGGCUCUAAGUCCUGGGGCCUGA